AUGGUUGCCUGGGGAAAACAGCACUGCUGUGUUGGCAGAAUACAGGACAUUUUCUUGAGAUUCAGGAUUGUUCUAACAGUCCUUUUACUUCAUUUGUUCCUAGCUGCAGCAGGCAAAGAUCAGGAGGAUUUCCUAGGACCGUAUAAAGCUGUCUUUAAGACUCCAUGUGAAGAUCCUUGGAUUAUGUCACAAAGAAUUUCUCUGCGUCCCUUGAAAGAAUUCAUUGUCUGUGUGCGCCUCAAGCUAUAUUCCUCAAAUAGUCCCUGGACAGCAUAUGUAUACAGUCAAGAAACAUCUCACAGCAAUCUCUCUGCAAAUAAGUAUGAUCUUGGACUUACAGGAGAUCAUGGCAAAUUGGGGAUAUGGUUGUUUGGAAAUCAAAUAAAUACAACAGAAAGACUUCAUGAAAACACUUGGAACGAAAUAUGUAUCCAGUGGAAAAGUGAAGACGAGGAGAUGAAGUUAUUCAUAAAUGGAACAAAAAAACUAAACAAAAAACUUACUGGGAAAAUUAGUUUCCCUGGAAAAGGGCGAUUCUUACUUGGCUGUUCAAAGCUGCCAGGUGCAGCUGUGUCGCCUGACCUGGGUAUGACUGGGGAGCUCUACAUGUUCAGAAUGUGGGAUAAAGCAAAUAUAAAGCAAUCUCAGGACUGCAAAGAUAGUGGUGUUAUACGCUGGAGAAAGGAGGAUUGGGUCUAUAAUAAGACAGUAGAAGAGGAUAACUCUUUGCCAUGUGUUGAAACUACUGCUACGUUGCCUGCCAGAACACAGAUAACAGACACUCAUGAAUCAGCUGCAACAACUAUUUCUGAUACAACUUCAGAGGAGACUACACAAACUGCAGAAGUUCUUAACAUCACUGAUUAUUACUCCACCAUAACACCAGUAGGAGAAACCAUUUUAUGCAACGUAACACCUGUCUGUAAUUUUUCAGUGUUCUAUGUGGGCAAGGUAAAGCUUCAGGCAAGUGAAGAAAGUAACACCUCGCUAAAUGUAGAAAUAAUUAAUAACAUAACCAUCAGCAAUCAAGUUACAAAAUUAAUUGCAAUUCCAGCACCUACCCUACAAGAACUGAGAAUUUCAGAGUUCAACAAAACCUUGCAAGCAGUAAGUGAGUCCUCUGUUAUGGAAUGCAGCGCAGAAAACCAGAGUAUACAGUGCAAUUUCAUAAUGAAGCUGGCUGAGAGACAGAAUAUAAGCAGUUUAAAAGACAAAGCAGAAAUAAGCCAACUUGAAAGAUGCUGCUGUUCAUCACUGAAGUAUUGUUCCUUGACUGCUGAAGAAUUACAAAUGUAUACUAUACAAGUGCCACCUCAUUCUAUAUGGGUUCCUUCCCUUCAUUCUCCUCUCCCGAAAAAGACUUCCCCCAAAUCUAAUACUUCUAUUUCCCCCACUAUGCUUUCUACCAAACAAAGCCCCACAAUUAGACCACUGAUCCCACCAUUCACAGAAAUUUCUUUCUCUGAAAGUCUCUCCACAUCUCCCACUACAAAUCUUCUCUCUGAAACUUCUGCCACAUCUAGUACUGAAACUUCUGUGUUGUCCACCAGUGUUACCACUACACUUUCCUCUUCCAAGUCUCUUGCUCAACCUUCCAUAACAACUUUUCCUUCCAUAGCUUCUAAUAAAUCUGUCACUAUUUCAGCACCUGCAACAAAAUCUGUCACUAAUGCUACUUUCUCAGUUAAAUCUGAUGCUGUAUAUCUUAGCAAGCCUAUUACAGUAAUUUCUCCUUCUGUAGGUUUCACUAACCAUUCUGCAGUUUCCUCUUCUGAGCUUCCCCACAAAGCUCCAGUAGCAAUUCCUCCCUUUGAGACUACCACCAAAUCUGUUGCACAAAUGCAUCCUACUACAGAUUCGAUCCAACCUAUUUCUGGUAACACAAAUGUUACUACAGCACCUAUUCUUCCCCUUACUCCUUUCACAAUAACUUUGACCCCUACUGUUAGUCCUAUCAACCAUUCUGUCUCAGCUUCUCAUCUUCAUUCUACUGCUGAUGACCACAGUAGCCUGUCUAAUGGGAGCACAGGGAAGAUACUAUCAGCUACCACAUACACAACUUCUGUAUAUACCACCAUUAAUGUCACCACAGCCGAGACAAUCGUGUCCAAAAUAGAAAAUGAUUUAGCAGCUGGAAAAGUAGAGCCAGAAGACGUAGAAAGGAUGGUUAGUGAGGUUAGCAAAGUCCUGACUGCUUCUCAGCCAUUACCACCCCGAAUUUCUAACAGAAUUAUAAAACUGGUGGAUUAUAUUGGCUUAAAACUGAACUUUUCAGCAACGUCUGCUGAUUUUGCCUCCCCUUCUUUGGCUCUGGCAGUUGUCAAAACCAAUAGCAUCCGCUCCAACCAAAUGUCUUUUGCUGUCCAGGACGCAGCUGAUCUUCAGAUCUCUCUAGGUGUUAAUGCAAUUAAUGAUUUAAAUAAUCUCGGAUCAAUUACACUUCCCUCGUCAUUGCUGACAAAUUUACCCCCUGAAGAGUUGGACUUGGCUUCUAGAAUUAUAUUCAACUUCUUUAAAAAGACCGCUGUGUUCCAGGAUCUGUCCCUGAAGAAUGCAUCUUUAAUCAGCAAUGUUAUAUCAUCGAGUGUUGCUAACCUCACAAUUAGCAACUUGAAGGCGAAUGUUACUGUCACUUUACAGAAUAUCAAACCUAAUCAGGAUAAUGCAACAGUUAGAUGUGUUUUUUGGGACUUUAAUAAAAAUGAUGGACAUGGAGGCUGGUCAUACGAAGGUUGCACAGUUAAAGAAAGUAGAGUAAAUGAAACAGUCUGUUCAUGCAACCACCUCACAAGCUUUGCAGUUUUGAUGAACUUGUAUGGAAAUACUCCUUUGAAUCCCACACAAGAACUGGUACUGACUUUUAUAUCCUAUAUAGGCUGUGGCCUCUCUGCAAUUUUUCUUUCUAUUACUCUUGUGACCUACAUAGCCUUUGAGAAAAUCCGGAGAGACUACCCUUCCAAAAUCCUUAUUCAGCUGUGUGCUGCGUUACUUCUACUCAACUUAAUUUUCCUCCUUGAUUCAUGGAUUGCACUGUAUGAUACACGAGGCCUGUGCAUUGCAGUUGCAGUAUUUCUUCACUAUUUCCUUUUGGUUUCCUUCACCUGGAUGGGCCUAGAAGCUUUCCACAUGUAUCUGGCCCUUGUGAAAGUCUUUAAUACCUAUGUACGGAAAUACAUUCUGAAAUUUUGCAUUGUUGGUUGGGGGUUACCUGCAGUAGUUGUGUCCAUUGUAUUGGCAGUAUCACCAGAUAAUUAUGGACUUAUAACCACUGGAAAGGUUUCCAUAAACAGACCUGAUGAAUUCUGCUGGAUUAAAAAUAGAACUGUCUUCUAUAUUACUGCUGUGGGAUACUUUUGCCUGAUAUUCCUGAUCAAUAUCAGCAUGUUCAUUGUUGUGCUGAUCCAGCUCUGUCGCAUCAAAAAGAAAAAACAACUUGGAGCUCAAAGAAAAACAAGUAUUCAAGACGUUAGGAGUGUUGCAGGCCUCACGUUCUUGUUGGGAAUUACUUGGGGAUUUGCUUUCUUCACAGUAAAUGAGGUAUUUACUUACCUCUUUACCAUUUUCAACACUUUGCAAGGGUUCUUCAUUUUUAUCUUCUAUUGUGUAACAAAGGAGAAUGUCCGUAAACAGUGGAGAAGAUAUCUCUGUUGUGGGAAAUUCAGGCUGGCUGAAAACUCUGAUUGGAGUAGAACAGCUACUAAUGGUUUAAAGAAGCAGACUGUAAAUCAAGGAGUAUCCAGUUCUUCCAAUUCCUUACAGUCCAACAGUAACUCCACUAACUCUACAACACUGCUAAUGAAUAAUGAUUAUUCAGUCCAUGUGAAUGGAAAUGGCCAUCUUCCCAGUGAGAAGAAUGGUGUUUCUUUCAGUGUACAGAAUGGUGAUCUGUGUCUCCACGACUUUUCAGGCAAACAACUUGUAUUUCAAGAAAAGGAUGAUACAGGCAGCCAAAAAAGCCAUAUCUCACUCAGAAGGACUUCAAAGAGGGGAAGCCUAACAUUUAUUGAGAAAAUGUGAUUUCCUUUUAAACAGCACAUUGUUUUACAGUGUGAAGUAGAGAUUUACUUUCACAGUUUUACAUAAUGUGAGCAGACCAAGAACUGAUUUUAUUUAAUAUAUGGUACUGGGACUUCCAAGGCAGCCAUGCAAUGGAUUGACAAAGACAAUUUAAAAAAAAAAACAAAACAAAAAACUAUUUUGACAAGGUAUCAUGGAUGUCAAAUUACAGCUGGCACAUUUCCAUCUUGAUUCUUCAUUAGAAGUUUU